AGCGCCUGUAACGUUAAACCGUUUGUUAUUAAACUUUUCUCUUCGAGGUUGCUUUUAUGACAUACGACUAAGACUUUACCUCAUAUCAGCAUGAAUCUGUUAAAAAUUAUUUACUCCAACGUUAUUCUUCUCAUUUAUCACCGCAUGGAAAAAGUGGAUAGCAAAACCUUGCUCUCAUAUGAUGACUUUUACCCUGAGUAUGUGCCAGAUCGACAGCCAUGGAACAUUGCCCGUGAGGUCUGCCAUCAGCGUCUAGGGACCCUGGCGAAGGUUUCCAAUACUGAAGAAAUUCAAAAACUUAACAAUUUUCUACGGUCUAUAAAUAUAAACCAACCUGUAUGGAUAGAAAGUGCAGGCUUGUUCCAAAAAAGUGGUUCUCCAGACAUAUACAUGUUGGAAUUCCCUAAGCGGCCGCACCGGAAAUCAGCUCGCCUUCGCUUUAAGUUCCCGAACAUGGAAGCGCUUACAGUUUGCACUCACCUCCAGUUAGAUCCAACUUGUCAGGGGCUUUCCACAAUCUUCUCAUAUGCCAUAGAGCUAUUCAUUAAAGAAUUUCAACUCCGAACACGAAUCGUGAAGAACGAACCUGUCCAGCUUGCAUUGCUGGUGCAUGGGUCGAACACCACCUACCUAAACGGUUUUCCCAACGACGCCUCCUGGCACUUUGUAUGUGCCAGUUGGGUCGGGAAUAGCGGGGAGUGGGUCAUCUGGGUGGAUGGAAAAAUGGUGGGUUCUGGGAAUUUCCUCAACUCCACCAAUCACAUUGGAGGUGAUGGUCUUUUUAUGAUUGGACAAGACCAGGAGACCUACGGAGGCUACAACAACAACAAAGCGCUUUGUGGAAACAUUACGCAGCUUUACAUGUGGGAUCGUUUGCUGCUCCAAACUGAAGUCCAAAGCAUGGAAAAAACCUGCUCACCCGUUCCUUCUGGCUUGUUCUUCAGGUGGAAUGAAUCCGCAUUAGAAAUUGAAACCUCCCUACAGACACGUAGAGGGAACUCGCCAUGUCAAGGUUCCAGAAGCCAACCACCAAACCAAAUUCUCAUCUCUGGGUUGAAUCAGAAUUUUUCGAACAAGACUUGUGUAACCUUCGACCCUGUAAGUGGGAAACCUAUUAAUGACUCGUGUUGGACACACAGAGGAAGCGUCUGCCUGGUCCCCAAAGUGCAGCUGGACUUUGAUUUUCCAAGGACUUCAUUCUUCUCAAAAGUCAGCAGCGAGUUUCAUUCCAAACCUCAUACUGAAAAUGCAAAUGCGACCUUUUUCUCCGAGAACGAACUGACUAGUCAUGUUUCCCUCUUGAGUGCCGUAUUGAGAGUUCUGGACAGCAAUACAGAAAUCCUAACACAUUCUGAUCUUCUGUACCUCACUGAAACCAUCGAGAAAGCCAUUCAACUCAAUAAAAUAGGCUUUCCUCCUGAACUCUUCAUAUCCAUGAUCCGCAAUAACCUGGAACUAGCCAGCAGGCUCAUUGACCCCAAUAUGGCCGAAAAGUGGGAGGAUUUGAAAAGUAACCCGGGACCAUUGACAAUGCUAGAAAAUAUUGACAAGCAGCUAUGGAUGCUGGCAGAUAAACUCUGGGCCGAACGCAAAAGUUUCACAAUGUCAACAAAGAACAUGGAUAUUCAUCUGGAGCCGCGACGACUGACACAGGUGAGCUGCGGUUGUGUUUUUAAACCCUCGGUUCACGGCGGUCAGUUUGGCAGCCAUGAUGAAAUCCUCAUACCAGAGUCAGAAAUGCAGCGAGUUUUUUUUUUAGGCCAUAAGGAAGUGAUGCUUAUUCAUACUUACUACAGUAACCUGGCUGAGAUCUUGUCCAGACUGGAGAUCAAAAACACAGCUGAACAACUGACAGACGGCAAGAGGUAUCACACUGGUCAGCUGGCCACAGCAGUGAUCUCGGCGACAGUGCGGGAUGUUCCCAGAGCAGAAAAUAUUCCGGUGUCUGUCCAGUACACUCUAUCCUCUGGGAUAAUGACUGGAUAUUCUAAGCAAGUAACUCCCGUCUGUGUCUUCUGGAAUAUUGGCUUGAUGCCAGGUCAUACAAGUGCUUGGUCCAACAAAGGGUGCAGAGUGGUGCCUUCACCUCUUGAUGUCACUUCCUGCUUUUGCAACCACACCACCAAUUUUGCUGUCCUCAUGAAUUAUAUGGAGUCACGGUGGAGUGCUAAAGAGGAGAGUGUUUUGACGAAGCUGACGUUUAUCGGGUCUGGAGCGUCUCUCUGUGCACUGCUGGUGACCUUGAUGCUGUUUACCGUGUUGGACAUCCCGAAAUCAGACCGUACAUCAGUCCACAAGAACCUGUUUGUGUCUCUGACUUGUGCUCAGAUUGUUCUGCUGUGCAGUGGGUCUGCUGUUCAUAAUAAGGUGGCCUGUAUGCUUGUGGCAGCUCUGAUGCAUCUGUUCUUCAUGGCUGCCUUCAGCUGGAUGCUGGUCGAAGGCCUGCUGCUCUGGAGCAAAGUAGUGAGCGUUAAUCUGAGUGAAGACCGCCACAUGAAAUACUACUACCUGAUUGGCUGGGGUCUGCCAGUGCUGAUUGUCACCAUCACACUGGCCUCUGCCUCUGGGAAAUACACUGCUGACGGUCACUGCUGGCUCAGUGUUCAGAACGGCGUCAUAUGGGGCUUCGCAGGACCCGUCAUCUUCAUUAUUAUGGUGAACAUCAUGAUUCUGACCCGCGUAGUAGUGAUCACCAUCGCCACCGCCAAGAGGAGAUCUUUAAUGAUGGCCCUCAAUAACAGCCCUGAAGAGCAAAUCUCUGAGCAGAUCAGGGCGGCUGUGAAAGCUGUGCUGGUUCUGUUGCCGAUCCUGGGCCUGACGUGGCUUUGCGGUGUGCUGGUGCCGUUCUCCGUGGUCAUCGCAUACAUCUUUAGUCUUCUCAACUCACUGCAGGGUCUCUUCAUCUUCCUGAUAUAUGGAGUGUACAACACUGAGGUUCGAAACACAGUCAACAGAUUCAAGGAAAGAAGAAAAGCUCUAAAUUUCUCCAACUGCACCAGCUCCAGGCCCUCCAGUUCAGUAGGCAGCUCUCGUCCAGGCAGCUCUCCUGUCCCAGCAGUUUCCGACAGGCAAACGAUCACCACCAGCCACUCCAGCAGCUCCUUAACCCACAGUGACAACAACAUCACUCAGAGUUUCCAGAAAACAAGGCAUCUGUCUCUCCUCUGUGUCAAUGACAGCCUGAAUGAAGACAUGCGAUGUCCUGACACUGGUGUCCACCUCUCUGGACAGGAGGUUCUCAGAAAAGCUAAAGCCAGACCUACAAACGAGUGCAGUCUGAAUGUACCCAUGGAGGCCGAACGAAUAUCCCACAAUUCACCUCUUCAGCCCAACAACAUCAUGUGUCUUCACUGAAUUCAUUCCUCAAAUCUGCGUGUUUUGGUAUUCAAACUCUAAACCUGUUCACUUUAGAUGAUAAACACAAGAUUUGUAUGCUUUGUUCAGGUUUCUUCUUGAAUAGGCUGUAAUUUAUUGGCAGUUUGCAUCUUUUUAACUAAU